CCCAGUUGCUACCACAGAAGCAGAAGCGGGGAGCCUCGGAGAGUCUCAGCCACCGACCGGCCUGGCAGCGGCACCGGCACCGGCUCCCUUGGCGCCGCCGCCUGCAGCGUAGGGCACCGGCCGGGAGGCUCCCGGGGCUGCAGCUCCCCGCGCCCAGCACCUCAGGAACGUAUCAGUUUGAUGAAAUUUGAUUUUAAAAAAUGUCCAGAAAGAGCACAGACUAUGGAGUGCUGCCGGAGUAUGAGAAGAGCCAGAUUAAAAGGACUCUGGAGCUGGGAACAGUUAUGACAGUGUUCAGUCUCAAGAAGUUUACUCCAGAAAGGAGGACCAUCCAAGUCAUAAUGGAAACCAGGCAGGUGGCCUGGAGCAAGACAGCUGACAAGAUUGAAGGUUUCUUGGAUCUGAUGGAAAUAAAGGAAAUUCGCCCUGGGAAAAAUGCAAAGGAUUUUGAGCGCGGGAAAGCAACACAGUAUAAAGAGCAUUGCUUCACUAUUUUUUAUGGUACCCAGUUUGUUCUCAACACCUUAAGCUUAGCAGCUGAUUCCAAAGAUGAUGCUGAUAAAUGGCUGUGUGGCUUGAAUAUCUUGCAUCAAGAGGUUAUGAACGCGUCCACACCUGCAAUCACAGAGAGUUGGCUGAGAAAGCAGAUCUACUCUGUUGACCAGACUAGAAGGAACAGUAUCAGCCUUAGAGAACUGAAGACCAUACUUCCCUUAGUAAACUUCAAAGUAGGCAGCGUGAAAUUCUUGAAGGAUAAAUUUGCGGAAAUAGGAGCUCCCAAAGAAGAACUUAGCUUCGAACAAUUUCACGUGUUCUACAAGAAAAUUAUGUUUGAACAGCAGAAAUCGAUUCUUGAUGAAUUCAAAAAGGAUUCUUCCGUGUUCAUUCUUGGAAAUACUGACCGUCCAGAUGCUUCAGCAGUUCAUUUGCAUGACUUCCAGAGAUUUUUGCUACACGAGCAGCAGGAGUCUUGGGCACAGGAUCUCAGUAAAGUCCGAGAACGAAUGACAAAGUUUAUAGAUGACACUAUGAGAGAAACUACUGAGCCCUUCCUCUUUGUGGAUGAGUUUCUCACUUACCUUUUCUCAAAAGAAAACAGUAUUUGGGAUGAUAAAUAUGAUGCAGUAGAUGCUCAGGAUAUGAAUAACCCUUUGUCCCACUACUGGAUUUCUUCCUCUCACAACACAUACCUCACAGGAGACCAGCUUCGAAGUGAAUCUUCCACAGAAGCUUAUAUCAGGUGCCUUCGAAUGGGAUGUCGAUGUAUUGAGCUGGAUUGCUGGGAUGGUCCUGACGGGAAGCCGAUCAUUUAUCAUGGAUGGACACGGACAACAAAAAUCAAAUUCGAUGACGUGGUGCAGGCAAUCAAGGAUCAUGCAUUUGUCACAUCCGAGUUCCCAGUGAUCCUGUCGAUUGAAGAGCACUGCAGUGUGGAACAGCAGCGCCACAUGGCCAAAGUAUUCAAGGAGGUGUUUGGGAACCAACUCCUAAUGAAGCCAAUCGAAGUCAGUGCAGAUCAGCUGCCGUCGCCAACCCAGCUGAAAGAAAAAUUCAUCAUCAAGGACGUGAAACGUACUGAGCUGCACUGCAACGAGAAAUGGUUCCAUGGGAAAAUGAAAGCGGGGAGAACAACUGCUGAGAGGCUGCUCCAGGAAUAUUGUGCUGAAAUGGGUGGCAAGGAUGGAACGUUCCUAGUUAGGGAAAGUGAAACUUUCCCUAAUGAUUACACCCUGUCAUUCUGGAGGUCAGGUAGGGUCCAGCAUUGCCGUAUCCGUUCUAAUAGUGAAGGAGAUACCAUGAAAUAUUACCUGACCGACAACCUCACCUUUGAUAGUAUCUAUGAUCUCGUUCAACACUACAAGGAAGCCCACUUGCGAUGUGCUGAGUUUGAGCUGCGUCUGACUGAUGCUGUGCCUAACCCCAAACCUCAUGAAACUAAAGAUUGGUACUACCGUAACCUGAGUCGAGGAGAAGCAGAAGACAUGUUGAUGCGAAUUCCUCGAGAUGGAGCGUUUCUGAUUAGAAAGAGAGAUGAGCCUGAUUCAUUUGCCAUGACAUUCAGAGCUGAGGGGAAAGUGAAGCACUUCAGAAUUCGACAAGAAGGCCACCACUUUGUGCUGGGCACCUCUGCCUAUUUUGAAAGCUUAGUCGAACUGGUGACCUACUAUGAAAAGCACACGCUGUAUAGGAAAAUGAAACUGCGUUACCCUGUGACUGAGGAACUGCUAGAGCGCUACAGCACGGAGAAAGAUAUUAAUUCGCUCUAUGAUGUCAAGAUGUAUGUGGAGCCUAACGAAAUAACCCCAUCAGUGCCUCAGAGAACAGUGAAAGCCAUAUAUGACUAUAAAGCUAAAAGAAGUGAUGAACUGAGCUUCUGCAGAGGGGCCCUAAUUCAUAACGUCACAAAGGAAACAGAAGGCUGGUGGAAAGGAGACUAUGGAGAAAAAGUCCAACACUAUUUUCCAUCUAAUUACGUUGAAGACAUGUCAACUGAUAACUUUGCAGACCUUGAAAGCCAGAUUAUUGAGGACAACCCCUUAGGAACUCUGUGUCGUGGCAUAUUGGUCCUCAGUACAUACAAUGUCGUAAAAAUGCCACAAGGGAAGCAUGACAAGGCUUUUGUCUUCGUACUGGAACCCAAGAAUCCAGAAGAUCCUCCUGUUGAAUUUGCAAUUGAUACAGUGGAAGAGCUGUUUGAAUGGUACCAAGACAUCAGGAAAAUCACAUUGAAAUCUACAGAAGAGGAGCAUAUGAGGAAGUACUGGGAAAAGAAUCAAUUAAUUGCCAUUGAAUUAUCCGACUUGGUAAUCUACUGCAAACCUACAAGCAAAUCCAAGGACAAUUUAGAAAAUCCUGAUUUCAGAGAAGUCCGUUCUUUUGUGGAAAACAAGGCUGAAAGUGUUGUCAGGCAGAAGCCUGGUGAACUGCUGAAAUACAACCAAAAGGGACUGACGCGGGUUUACCCUAAAGGACAGAGGGUUGACUCAUCUAAUUAUGACCCAUUUCGUCUCUGGUUUUGUGGCGCCCAGAUGGUGUCUCUUAAUUUCCAGACCCCAGAUAAAUACAUGCAAAUAAACCAUGCCUUGUUUUCACUUAAUGGACGGACUGGAUAUAUUCUGCAGCCAGAAAGCAUGCGAAAUGAGGACUAUGACCCAAUGCCAAGUGAAUCAAAGAGGAAAUUGCAGAUGCUUUUGACAGUGAGGGUUUUAGGUGCUCGCCAUCUGCCUAAACCUGGCAGAAGCAUUGCCUGUCCAUUUGUAGAAGUGGAAAUUUGUGGGGCCGAAUGUGAUAAUAGCAAGGUCAAGACAACUGUUGUGAAUGACAAUGGCCUUAACCCAGUUUGGGCACCCUGUCCAGAGCAAGUGAAGUUUGAAAUUUAUGAUCCUAACCUAGCGUUUCUGCGCUUCGUUGUUUAUGAGGAGGAUAUGUUCAGUGACCCCAACUUCUUAGCACAUGCCACUUUCCCCAUCAAAGGAAUCAAAUCAGGUUUUAGGUCGGUACCUCUCAAAAAUGGUUACAGUGAAGAUAUAGAGCUGGCUUCCCUUCUGGUUUUCUGUGAAAUGCAGCAAGUUCUGGAAAGCGAAGAGGAGCUUUAUUCAUCGUGUCGGCAACUUCGGCAGCGCCAAGCAGAACUGAACAACCAGCUGUUCCUGUAUGACACUCACCAGAACUUAAGGAACCCUAACAGAGAUGCCUUACUAAAAGAAUUCAGUGUGAAUGAGAACCAAUUACAAAUGUACCAAGAGACAUGCAGCAGGAAAUUAAAGGAGAAGAAAGUCAGUAACAGCAAAUUCUACUCCUAGAGAAGCUAUUCCUUUUGGUGCACCUUUUAGAAAGCCACUCAGGAAGAGACAUUAAUUUACCCUGAUCGUCGUACUCCAUGAAGGUCUCGUCAGGCUGAAUUUACUAAGAAGAAGAAAGAUGGGUUUCCUAAUAUUUUUUUUGUUAUAGGAGGAACUAUUUUCAUUGUUGUUUAAUUUAUCUUCUGUACAAAGCAUACACACAGUGCAGGCUAGAUUUUCUGCAUAUUCAAGUUAUUAUUUGCAUCCAGUAUCACAAAUCUUAGAGUAAGAAGGAAACUAAGGGUCAGCUUUUCACAGCUACAGGGUGUGCAGACAACUUGCAUGCAUUUGUGCAGGCCUAACUUACCCUUAAAAAUACCCAAAGUGCAAGUACAAAUCAUCUACAGUAUUUGUGUGCACAGGACACAAGUUAGGCAUUCACAACUAUUUGCACACA